GUAGGGUUUUUUCUUUAGUGAAAAGCCUUCACUCUAGGACUGCAAACGUUUUCAUCUACAGGUGAAGAACGCUCCUUCCAUAUGAUGCACUGUUCCUCCAUUUAUUUCUGGAUUUGCCGUGACCUUUACGCAGGCUCCCAUUAGGACUUCAACCAUGUGUGGCUUCAAAGGGAAAAAGUGUGCAUCUCUAAUCCGAGGCUUGAUUCUGUGGCUUUUGUUGACAAACAUCAUGUUGGUGCUCUACUGCUUCACGAACCCGACUCAGGGGCAGAAUCAAGGGAAGAUCAGGAGCUCCAGGGAAGACACAUGUCCACUCAGCAUGGCGAAGUUUUCGAGGAAAAAUGUGACUGCGCCUUUUCAACGCACCAAAGCCCAGUCAGAGGAGUGCUCCCCUGCAGUUAAUGUCAUGUUCAUGAAGACCCAUAAAACUGCUAGCAGCACGAUACUCAACAUCAUAUUCAGAUUUGGAGAAAAGCACAAGCUCAAGUUUGCAUUCCCUGAAAGGCGCAAUGACUUCUUCUACCCGUCACCUUUCCUGUCCUCUCAGGUGAAGGAUUACAGGCCUGGAGACUGUUUCAAUAUUGUCUGUAACCACAUGCGCUUUGACCGGCAAGAAGUAGCCAAGCUUCUGCCUCCUGACGCCGUGUACAUCACCAUCCUACGUAACCCGGUGGAUCUCUUUGAGUCUUCCUUCCACUAUUACCACAGAAUGGUUCCUCUAACGUGGAGGAUCGGAGGAGAGAACAAACUGGUGGAGUUUCUUGACAAUCCUCAGACCUUCUACAGCCCAGAGGCUUACAACUCAUUCUAUCUUAAAAAUCUGCUCUUUUUUGAUUUUGGUCUUGAUAACAACGUUGAAGCUGAUGACCCUCGGGUCAUGAGUAGUAUUCACAGCUUAUCCACGUACUUUGAUUUGGUGCUCAUAGCAGAAUACUUUGAGGAGUCUCUAAUCCUGCUGAAGGAUAAACUCUGCUGGACCAUAGACGACAUUGUAUAUUUUAAACUAAAUGCUCGCAAAACCUCGUCUGUAUCUCAGUUGACUCCUGAGUACAGAGCCAAAGCUUUGGUGUGGAACAAGGCUGACUGGAGGCUUUAUCAGCACUUCAAUGCCACCUUCUGGGCCAAAGUAGAGUCAUAUGGGAGAGAGAGAAUGACACGAGAGGUGAACGAGCUGAGGAGAAGAAACGCAGAGAUGGAAUCCAUCUGUAUCGACGGAGGAAAUGCAGUCGAGGCCCAAAAGAUCCAGGACAGACGUUUCCAGCCCUGGCAGCCUGUUGGAGAGUCGUCCAUUCUGGGGUAUAACAUGAAGGAUAAUAUCAAUCCCCAAUUCAGAACGAUUUGUGAGAGAAUGCUCACGCCUGAAAUACAGUACUUAUCACACUUGGGCGUAAGUCUGUGGGUUACUCAACUAUGGGGUUGGUUAAAAGAUACGGUUUUUACAGUUUUUACUUGAAUUGACACAUUUGCGACAUGAUUCAUACAAAUUACAGUUUGCAAGUUUUCGCCUGGCUGUUACCUUAGACGAAUACCUCUUUGAAUGCAGUGAUUGUGUCACAACCAGGAAGGUCAUACCACUUGGAAUUUAUUCUUAAUACUGUAUAACGAUCAUCUGUUAGGUAUGAACACUCAUAUUUUUAUUUGUUGUGCCUAAAUUGGUAAAAUGUCUUUCUUCCUUUUGGUGAGAUUGGGGAUAUUGUGUGUGACAGCUACCAAUGAGCCAUCAGAUGUAGAAGUGUCGAUGUCAAAAGGACAGACAGGAAGUAUUAGUGUGCCAUCUGGAGGCUGUAGACUUAGGAGCAUUUUUUUUAUUAAGCUAAGCAU